UUAUUAAUUAUUUAAAAUUUUCGUGCGUAACUUAUAAAUAUAAUCCAAAGUAGGUAGCGUGACGCAUACAGUACAUUUUCGUGCUACGCAUAAUACCCAUCAACCUAUUUGCGUGUCAUACGUGAUCAUGCUUACACCCAUACACCACCCAAAAACAUAUCAGUACCAUAUAACCAGAAUAAAGAAGAUAACAAGAAAGAUUAAUGAUAUAACCUAACUGAAGUGCCAGGCUGUCUGCAAUAAAUUUGUAGGUUAGUGUUGGAGGGGUUAAACACGUUGAACACAGGUAUAUUAUUAUGUUACAAUGAGUUCACAGACAUUAAUAAGUGUGAUCAUACCAAUUUAUAAUGGAUCCCCCUGGAUAAAUCAGUGCUUUAAUUCAAUCCUACAGCAACAAAUAACACCAGACGUUAAUUUAGAAGUAUGUGUAUGUAAUGAUGCUUCACAGGACGAUACAAAACAACUGCUGAACUAUUGGCAUACUGUCUUUCAACAAAGUAGUAUUAAAUUAAAAGUAAUUGAUAAUGAAAGUGGGACACCGUAUGGUGUUUUAGUUGGCUAUGCAAAAAAUAAAGCCAUUAGCAUUAGUGAAGGUACCUACUUAUGUUUUCAAGAUGUGGAUGAUAUUAUGAUGCCUAACAGAAUUUCAGAACAAUAUGAGAAAGCAAAAAUAUUACCACAAGAUACAAUUAUUGGUUGCCAGUUUAAACGAAUACCAGAAAACUCAACAAACAGAUAUACAGAGUGGGCUAAUUCUUUGCCAAAAGAAAAACUUCACAUACAAAUAUACACUUCUCAUGGUCCCACUGUAAUUAUGCCAACUUGGUUCUGUCAUCGGAAAGUUUUUAACAAUGUUGGUGGUUUUUCUGAAGGAGGAAAAGGUACCCCAGAAGAUUUGAUAUUUUUUUAUAAACACUUGGAUUUAGGUGGAAAAGUAUUUAGAGUAGAUCAGUGUUUGUUAACUUAUACUUAUCAUUUAAACGCCGCAACGUUCUCAGUACAGGAAUCUACAAUUUGGAAACUAAGACUGCAAAGGUUGGAGCUAAAUGUUUUAAGCAAUUGGGAAAAAUUCACUAUAUGGAAUGCUGGCAAGCAAGGUCGAAGAUUCUACCAUUCACUAUCAGUACAACAUCAAAAAAAAGUCAUAGCAAUGUGUGAUGUGGAUGUUAAAAAAGUGGGUAAAGCGUACAUUCCAUUUGAUCCUCACACAAGAGAAAGUGGAACUCCUGUUGACAUAGUACAUUUCAAGGAUGCAAGUCCCCCAUUUGUUGUAUGUGUGAAAAUUAAUCUUACAAACGGAGAAUUUGAAAAAAAUUUGUUAUCUUUACACUUGACGGAAAAUAUUGAUUAUGUACUAUUUAGCUGAAGAAUUAAAAAGUCAUAAUACCAGGGAAUAUACCAUGACAGACUUGGAUUCUUUUCACACUAAAUGAUCACCCCAGAUAAAAUGUGUUAUAAAAGUACCACUUAUGCGUAUGAAUUGAUGAGAUAUUUUACAAUCUGUACGCUCUUGUUUUCAUUUCAACUGAACCAUAUUUCAUAUUUUCUCGAAGUUUCAUAACGUCUAGAGCAUGAAAAAAUAGGUCUUCAGAGUCCGUCUGAUUGUGAUGUAGGCAAGGAUUGUAGGUAUUUUGUAUGAUAUUUACGUGUAAUGUAGGAAUACCGCAUUUGGUAAAACGCCAACCAAAGUUUGUCUCAUUAUUCCCUUCCAAAGACUGACGUCAUUUCAUAAUUUUACUAGAUAAAUUCUAUAUAAAAUGUCCAAAAUAUGUAUGUACUUGCGGUUUUUUUGUGCAGCCAUAUUUUUCUGAAUUAGUUUUUUAGAAUUUUUCAACAAAAAUUAGUGAAUAAGUAGUUUAUUUUAUUGAUUAAAUCAAAAACGGGUUAUCUUAUUUUCAUCAAAUUCUGAGAAUGCAGCGUUGUUGAAUGAUUAUUACACUGGACCUAUACAAACUGUUAUACUAUCUUUUACUAAACAGUUAAAGUAGUCAAAAUUUUAUUGUCUAAGUUAGUUGAAAUGUGCAGAAUAUCAUGCUUUCAUAGAGUUGUAUUUAUUUUCAUCAUAUAUAGACUUAUUUUAUUUUAGCUCUUAUCUCAGCAAGUGUUUUUCUGAAAUCGCAAAUAAUAAUGUUAUAUUGUAAACAUCAUAAUUAAUGUACAUAUUUGUUUGCAUCAAACGGUUGUUGAACUCAUUUUAAAAUUAUGAAAUAAUUAUUGAAAAACACGUUUUGAGAUACACUAGGUAUUGGUUGUGUCCGGUGAAGUUAAAACUAAACUGUUAUAAUUAUUGUGUGAACUGUGGGAAAACUGUAAAUGACUGCGAUGUAAUUGUAUUAUUGGUUGCGUUUGGGUCUUUAUGACGAGGAGCUUCUUGUAAAUAACCUGUAUAUAAUU